AUCAUUAUUUACCACUGUGAAAUUUUGAGUAGCUGAAUUUAAACGUGGCCGUAUCAGUUUACAAGACGAUGGACCUUCGGGACAUCCAAAAACUACAACCAUUGACGAUAACAUCACUCAAGUUUACCAAAUGAUGAUACUUGGAUACACCAUUAUAACCGAGAAAUAGAAAUACUAUCAAAACAAUGGACUGCGAAGGGAGACUCGGCUCUAAAAGAAGCAAAAACUGUUUUUUCGGCUGAGAAAAUGAUGGCGACUGUUUUUUGGGAUAUUCAUGGAGUUAUCUUAAUCGAUUUGUUUCAAAAAGGUAAUAAUCAUUACAGGAUCAUACUACGUAUCACUACUUGACAAGCUGAAGGCAAAUAUUGCGGAAAAAUGGCCAUAUUUUUGAAGAAAAAAAAUUUUCUUUUACCAAGACAAUAUGUUGUCUCACAUCUUAGCAUUUGCCAUAGCAAAAAAUCCACGAAUUACAGUUUGAAUUGUUUGACCAUUUUCCUUGCUCAUCAGAUCUAGUCCGCAAGCGACGUUUUUUUGUUUCCUAAGGUAAAAGUUGCGCUCAAAGGAUAGAGAUUUUUAUGAUUAUGUUAAAUGAGGGAGGCCAUCACCUUCGUAAAUAAUUAUUUUGCAGAGAAAGACGCCAAGUACUAUUUAAACGGGUUAAAGAGAUGGGAGCAUCGUUGGGAAAAGUGUAUAGACUUACAAGGAUAGGAUGUAAAAAAAUAAAAAUAAAUUUAUAUAUAAAAAGAAAAAAAUGUCUUGUAUCUUUGUUAGGUCAGAAACUUUUUAAAUCACCCGCGUAUAUUAAAAAUUACAUUUAGAGAGGCAUCAUUCGCGUAAUAAUUAUUGGUAGUUUGUUAUUUUGUAUAGUAUAUUGACCAAUGAGAAAGGAUUAAAUCCUAUGAGCAACCAAUAGUAUCAUUUUAUAACCCGUACAGCACGAAAUAUUUUUAUUAUUAGGUACGGAAUUAUUUUAAAAAAGAUUAAGACAAAAUUUCGAUUUGUACAUUUUAUUAAUAAUAAGAUUAAAAUUGUAACGAGUAAAAAAAAGAAAUUAUUAUUUAUGAAAAUUGAACAAACGAGUUCGUCCUCUUAUGAAAUUUAUAAUCAAUGCUACUCCUAACCUCUUUCGAGGCAAAACGAAUGUAAGCCGGAAUCGUCGUACAUCGUUCAAUUUGUUUGUGAAAAAAUUUUUGAAGUGAAAAUCUUUUUUUAGAAAAAAAAAUUAAUUUAAUUAAUUUUUAAUUAAAUGAUCUGAAGCAUAGGUUUCAAUUAAAAACUAUUAUAAUGCAUAUAAAACGUUUAUUGAGCGUUCGAAAGUUUUUUCAACAAGUUUAUCACAGAAAGCAUAGUUCUAAUGAAAAUUAUAUACAUAAAGAAAGAGAGAAAAAGAAGAUAGAUAAAAAUGUAUUAAAACUCAAAGAAAGGGGUAUGUACGAGGAUAUUUUUCCGAAUAAUUGUAACCAAGAAAUAACAGAUUUAUUAACUACAUCUCCACAAUGUGUUUACGCUGGAUUCGAUCCAACAGCCAGCAGUUUACAUAUAGGAAAUUUGUUAAUAUUGAUGAAUCUUUUACAUUGGCAAAGAGCUGGACAUCAAGUCAUAGCUGUAUUAGGUGGAGGAACUGGUUUAAUAGGUGAUCCUAGUCAUAGAAAAUCUGAAAGAAUUGAAAUGGAAGAAUUUCUCUUAAAAACCAACUUGGAAUCCAUUAGAGAAGACAUAGAAAAUAUAUUUAAUAAUCAUAAACAGUAUUUUUGGUCCGAUAAUACCAAAUUAUUGAAACCAUUGAUCAUCUUAAAUAAUAUCAAUUGGUAUACGAAUAUUAAUAUCAUUCAGUUUGUAAGAAAAGUUGGAAAGUAUUUUAGAUUGGGUACUAUGUUAGGACGGACAUCCGUUCAAUCACGUUUAAAUUCAGACACAGGAAUGAGUUUUACAGAAUUUACUUAUCAAGUUUUUCAAGCAUACGAUUGGUUUCACUUAGCAAAUAAAUAUAACUGUCUAUUUCAAAUUGGUGGAAGCGAUCAAAUGGGUAAUAUUAUGUCCGGAUACGAUUUAAUCACAAAAGCCACAAAUAAGACAGUUUAUGGUUUAACAUUGCCGCUUAUAACGGCAGAAGGUGGUAAAAAAUUUGGAAAAUCUACUGGCAAUGCGGUAUGGUUAUCUCCAUCUAAGUCCUCCAGUUUUCAACUUUAUCAAUUCUUCAUUAGAACCAAAGACACAGAUGUUGAAAAUCUAUUGAAACUCUUUACCUUUCUACCGCUCUAUAAAAUAGAAAACAUUGUACAAGAACAUUUGAAACAGCCAGAAGAUAGAUUAGCCCAAAAAAUUUUAGCCGAAGAAGUUACACUUCUUGUUCACGGAGAACUCGGCUUAAAGGCAGCCAAAGAAGCUUCAAUGGUGUUAUAUAAUAAGUCAAUCGAUACUUUAGUUAAAAUGAGUGCCGAUGAGAUAGCCAAUGUAUUUGAAGGAGCAACAGUUGUAGAUAUAUUAGGAGAACAAGGCUUGACGAUAUACGAAUUAGCAACACAAGUUAAAUGUUUCAAAAGUGAUCACGAUGCACGUAGAAUUAUAUCAGCAGGCGGUUUUUACGUAAAUUAUGCAAAAGUUACAAACUUGAACGAAGUUGUAGUUCCUGGUAUUCAUAUAUUAUCGAAUAAUGUGACCCUAUUGAGGGUCGGUAAAAAAUCUUAUCACAUAGUACGAUGGGUCAAUACAUUAUAAUUGAUUCUUAAA